UUUCUGCUUCGAUCGAGAUCGCGCAACGCGAUGAAAGCGAAAAAAAAUAGAAAAAUCCACGAAAUAAGUUAAGUUUCUGAUGUCAGUUAAAUACUGGUUCAUUUACAGUAACUGUAACAACUGUUGUUGAUAACUGAUUUGCUGGUUUUAAAAAAAUCCGGAAUAGCUGUUCACCAUGCGGCGAAGCAAAGCGCCUUCCAUGAAAGGGAUUCUUCAGCAGGAUUUGGUAACAGCGCACCAAGCACAAGUCCCAGACCAGCAUAUACCUAUGGGUAAGGCCGAUGCGACAGUAAUAGAUUUGUUGCAUAGCAAGGAGGAUCAUGUUGGUUUUUUGAAACGAUUGGCAGCUACUAAAAAGCCGCCUCAGACGAAGCUAGAAUCUGUCUCUUCAGCUGACUGUGAUUCUCAGUCGAUGGUACGGUUCAAAGUCGUUUGGGGAAAGAUAAGCACCAAGAAACAUAAGACGUGGGAAGGAGAUGGGACUCUGGAGCUGACAGGGCGUACCGCUACUUUGAAGGACGAGGAUGGGAAAACGAUAGCCAGCUCAACUGGAUUCAAGGCGGACACGAUUGAGGAGGGUAGUCGUUUGAUAGUGGGCAGUAAAGAAGUUGAACUGAUUGAAAAGGUAUCUGAAACCGAUGAAAAGGAUACAGAAAAGGAGAACUCAGUACGAAAUAUUCCUCCGGUCAAGAAAGCAAGACUGGAUGUUUUCCGACCGCCGAAGGUGUUCGAAGAUAUUAGCGGAACGUCUUCUGGCAGCUCGUUCAAGCAGGUUGGCACAGUUGAGGACAUGCCGACGGAUUUCGUUCCACUCGUAAUGCCUCGUCCAAGUUUCGAACACCAAUGGAAAUACAAUCAGAAGAAGGCUUCUGUGUGCGAAGUAACUGUUCCAUAUGCUUUGUCCAAACACUUGAGGCCACAUCAACGAGAAGGGGUGAGCUUUCUGUAUGAAUGUAUUUUGGGAUAUCGAAAUACAGAUGUUGAGCGUUUUGGAGCUAUACUAGCCGAUGAAAUGGGUCUGGGAAAGACUCUACAAUGCAUUUCACUAAUCUACACUCUGCUGAAGCAAGGGCCCUAUGGUCAACCGAUUUUAAAACGAAUCCUAAUUGUGACCCCCAGUAGUUUGGUGGAAAAUUGGGAUAAAGAGAUCACAAAAUGGCUAAAAACGGAGAGAAUUUUCACUUUUAUUGUGAGCCCUACUAACAAGCUAAAAAGAUAUGCUCAAUCAGUUCACAUUCCAAUUUUGAUAAUAUCGUAUGAGCUACUAUCCAAACAAAUCGCAGAACUAGACUCAGUUCAUUUUGAUCUAAUUAUUUGUGAUGAAGGGCAUCGGUUGAAAAACAGUAACAUCAAAGUUUCAUCGAUCCUGGACGCAGUUGAUUGUCCUCGGAGAAUACUGCUUACCGGAACGCCAAUCCAGAAUGAUCUCCAAGAGUUCUAUUCCUUGAUAAACUUUGUAAAUCCAGGUCUUCUCGGUGCUUACCCGGAAUUCAAAACAAAAUUUGAAAUGCCAAUCCUUCAGUCACAACAGCCAGGAGUGCUUCCGCAAUUAUCUACUCUCGGUAAAACCAGAUUAGAGGAAUUGAACAGCAUAACAUCUUCCUUCAUUUUGCGCAGAACGCAGGAAGUGAUCAACAAAUAUCUACCAGAAAAACAAGAAGUAGUCAUCUUCUGUAAUCCUGCGCAGCUACAGCAAGCUCUCCUUCGUACUGCUAUCCAGUUCUAUGAAAAAUCCGGACCAAGUGCCACUUCGCCACUUCAAUUGAUCACAAUACUGAAAAAAAUCUGCAAUCAUCCUUCCCUGAUAGGAUCAACGGAGAAGAUUGAUAACGAAUCGCUUACCAAGCUCUUGAAUGACCAGUUGCCACCGUGGCAAGACAUGGGUCCAACGGACUCCGGCAAACUUGCCGUUUUGGAAUCUCUUCUGGAAGCACUGAUCGAACGCCAGGAAAAAGCAGUUAUCGUUUCGUACUACGGGAAAACGUUGGACAUGAUCCAGGGACUCUGCGAACACUACAAUUACAAAUUCUCACGCUUGGAUGGCUCAACCCCUUCCCAUGAUCGUUGUAAGAUCGUUUCCAGCUUCAAUAGUAUCUCGUCGGAUACGUUCAUUUUCCUGCUGAGUGCCAAAGCUGGUGGAAUAGGCUUAAACCUAACGGGUGCCUCUCGCUUGAUACUGUUUGACAACGAUUGGAAUCCGGCGAGUGAUCUACAAGCAAUGUCUCGCAUCUGGCGCGAUGGACAAACUCGGAAAGUAUUCAUCUACCGGCUGAUAACUGCCUUCUCCAUCGAAGAAAAGAUCUACCAACGGCAAAUUUCGAAAACAUCGCUGAGCGGAACGGUUGUCGAUUUGAAGCAAAACUUGAGCAACCUUAAAUUCUCCGAUGAAGAGUUGAAGGAUUUGUUUUCACUUGCCGGCCACGAGGACGGUAACCACGAUUGCCUUACACAUCAGAUGUUAGGUUGUGAUUGCAGCGGUACCGGUGAGAUUCCAGAACCGGCGACCAACUCAAGCCAAGAGGACAGCUUGAAAUCGCCAGAACGGAGUAAAUUUCAAAUUCGAAUAACUGGCAAGUCGACGAAAGUCAAAAGGCCAAAACGGUCACUACAAAUGCAAGAACUGAUGCGAUGGGAACAUCACCGAAGUCCAGUAAGCGAAAGUGUGCUGAAGGAACUAUCAUUGGCGACGUGUUCCGAGGAAAUAGCAUUCAUAUUCCGCAAUAAAGUCAGUCAGCUGGAUAAGUAGCCAGUUUCCACAGGUAACAUAA